UCUAAUUUCCUAAAUCAGAUUGUUUCUUUCCACCGAGAUUUUCUUUGUAGGGGAUUGAGCAAUCUUGGAAGAAGCUGAACUAGAUGGCGACAUGAAAUUCUUGAAACCCUUUGCCAGUGAUUUCAAUUUCGUUGCUUUGGAUCCAUUCUCCUUCUCGUUGAAUCUGGAAAAAAAAAAUCUACAAAAAAAGAAAACAACAAAUUUCUGGGAGAGAAGAAUUUCAAACAGAGAAUUGGAGCAGUAAAGUUAGAAGAAGGUGAAGAAAUUAGCGAAGAAAUUGCCACAAUUGCUUUGCGCAGAUCUGUUAAUUUCUUCUCAGCUUUACAGGCUACUGAUGGCCAUUGGCCUGCUGAAAAUUCCGGUCCUCUCUUCUUUCUUCCACCUCUUGUUAUGUGUCUGUAUAUCACUGGACAUCUUAAUACUGUUUUACCAGCUGAGCAUCGUAAGGAAAUUCUCCGGUAUAUUUACUGUCACCAGAAUGAAGAUGGGGGAUGGGGUUUGCACAUUGAAGGUCACAGUACUAUGUUCAGUACAUCACUGAGUUACAUAUGCAUGAGGAUCCUUGGAGAAGAACCAGAUGGCGGUGAAAAUAAUGCGUGUGCUAGAGCAAGGAAAUGGAUUCUUGAUCAUGGUAGUGUCACUGCAAUUCCUUCUUGGGGGAAAACAUGGCUCUCGAUUCUAGGAGCUUUUGAGUGGUUAGGAACCAAUCCAAUGCCUCCUGAGUUUUGGAUUCUUCCAUCUUUUCUUCCCAUGCAUCCAGCAAAAAUGUGGUGUAACAGUCGAAUGGUCUACAUGCCAAUGUCUUAUCUCUACGGGAAGAGAUUUGUUGGUCCAAUCACGCCUCUCAUUUUACUAUUGAGGGAAGAGUUAUAUGAUCAACCAUACAAUGAAAUUAACUGGAAAAAAGUACGCCAUCUAUGUGCAAAGGACGAUCUCUACUACCCUCAUCCACGGGUUCAAGAUUUGAUGUGGGACAGUCUCUACAUGUGUACCGAGCCUCUAUUGACUCAUUGGCCUUUCAACAAGCUGAGAAAUAAAGCUCUUGAAGUUACCAUGAAACAUAUACAUUAUGAAGACGAGAAUAGCCGAUACAUCACCAUUGGAUGUGUUAAUAAAGUAUUGUGUAUGCUUGCUUGUUGGGUUGAGGAUCCAAAUGGCAGUUAUUUCAAAAAACAUCUUGCUCGGAUUCCAGAUUAUUUAUGGGUAGCUGAAGAUGGAAUGAAAAUGCAGAGUUUCGGUAGUCAAGUAUGGGAUACUAGUUUCGCAAUUCAAGCAUUAUUGGCCAGUGAGAUGAAUGAUGAGAUAUUAGAUACUCUUAGAAAAGGGCAUGACUUCAUAAAAGAAUCUCAGGUGAAGGACAAUCCUUCUGGUGAUUUUAAAGGGAUGUAUCGGCAUAUCUCAAAAGGAUCGUGGACUUUUUCGGAUCAAGAUCAUGGAUGGCAAGUAUCUGAUACCACUGCCGAAGCAUUAAAGUGCUGCCUUUUUUUCUCUACAAUGCCUUCUGAAUUAGUUGGUGAGGCGAUCGAACCUGCACGACUGUAUGACUCAGUGGAUGCUAUUCUUUCCUUACAGAGCAAAAAUGGGGGUUUAGCAGCAUGGGAGCCUGCAGGGGCCUCAGAGUAUUUGGAGUUGCUCAAUCCUACUGAAUUUUUUGCGGACAUUGUCAUUGAGCAUGAGUAUGUUGAGUGCACUGGCUCAUCAAUCCAAGCACUUGUUUUGUUUAAAAAGCUAUAUCCUGGACACCGAACCACAGAGAUUGACAAUUUUAUUGAUAAUGCUGUUAAAUAUUUUGAAGAUGUGCAGAAACUUGAUGGUUCAUGGUAUGGUUGCUUGGGUGUGUGCUUCACUUAUGCCUCCUGGUUUGCUCUUGGAGGACUUGCUGUAGCAGGCAAGAGUUACAACAACUCUGCAGCCGUUCGUAAAGGCGUUGAAUUUCUGUUACGAACACAAAGGUCUGAUGGCGGUUGGGGAGAAAGCUACCAUUCUUGUCCAGACAAGGUAUACCGAGAGCUUGAGACAGAUCACUCAAAUCUUGUACAAACUUCAUGGGCAUUGAUGGGAUUGAUUCACUCUGGCCAGGUUGAUAGAGAUCCAAGGCCCCUCCACCAUGCGGCAAGGCUGUUGAUUAAUUCUCAGCUGGAAGUUGGUGACUUCCCACAACAGGAAAUAACUGGAGCUUUCAUGAAGAAUUGCAUGUUGCAUUAUGCAGCAUAUAGAAAUAUAUUUCCAUUGUGGGCAUUGGCAGAAUACCGCAAAAAUGUCCUAUUACCAUUAAAACACAACUAAAUAUAAAUAUAUAUUAUGUUAUGUUAUAUCUUAAGAAAUAAAUAAGGUAGUUUAUUGUUUCUUGUGUUAAUGUAAGUGAUGUAACAAUGUCCAAAAUCAUAGCCUAGGUUGUUGUUGAAUAUUUGGUAUAUAUACAUA